AUGGCCAACAGCAACUCCGGCCCCUGGUGGAAAUCGCUCACCAACAGCAAGAAGAAAAGCAAAGAGGCCCCGGGGGAAGUGCAGCCCCCGGCUCCGCCGCCCUCCGAGGAGGCCGCUCCCCCUAGCCCGGACUGGACCGGCGCCCCCCGGGAGAACCUGCUCCCCAGCCUCUCUGGGGGCGUCGGUGAGCCCCCCAAGCCAGACAAACUGUCCACUGACAACCUGGGCAACAGCCGCCGCAACCUGAAGAUCUCGCGCUCCGGACGCUUCAAGGAGAAGCGGAAAAUGCGCGCCACGCUGCUCCCAGAGGAGGAGGGAGUCCCCGGGGACCCUCUGGGCGACAACCAGUAG